AAUUUAAUUAGAUUCCGAAACUAAUGGAGUGGUGUGGAGGCAUACACCAAACUUUGAGAGCCGCUGCCGCUCAUCGCCGCCACAAACUCUGAAAGUUUAAGCGAUUCCAAGCCGCGCUUUUCGCCGCCCGCCAUUAUUGAUGUCAUCGCGCGAGAGAUUGGAGCUAGCUCGGCCUACGAAGUGAAGCUAAUCGAUAGCAAGUAGCUACGAGUAUGUUUCUUUGCAACAAUUCCAUUCAGGAAACUCACUAUGAAAUACUUUCCGUGAAACAAGAUGCAAGCUAUGAAGAUAUCCGAGCAAGCUAUCGAUCUGCCAUCCUUGAUAGUCAUCCUGAUAAAUCACAAAGUACCUCUGGAUCGGGAGAUAGAUUCCUGAAGGUGCAAAAGGCUUGGGAAAUCCUUGGCGAUUCAAGGUCUCGCGCACUUUAUGAUAGCGCACUGCGAGCUUCUAGUCUUGAUGCUAUGGUUGCAGAAGAUAUCAGCUUAAAAGAUGUGAUGGCUGAAGAUGCGGGAGAGGCCAUUCAGCUCUUUUACCAGUGCCGGUGUGGUGACUAUUUCUUCGUUGAUUCUUUGGAGUUGGAGAAGAUGGGAUAUGCUUUGUUAAGAGAUGGAAGGAAAAUAUCUUUCGAGGCACAAAACGCAUUGCCAGCAUCGCUUGUCAUCCCCUGCGGGUCUUGUUCUUUGAAAGUUCGGAUGUUGAUCAAUUCAGAUGAUUUUGUUACGAUUGUUGAUAACCAUUGAACGGGGGACGAAGUCUUUCGUUUCAAGAUUUUAGUUUCAACAGCUUAAAAUGACGGGAGCCUUGUGUGUUUCAAGUUGAAAUUUCAUAGAAAAUGUGACAAGUUGGAUGAUUGAAACAGAGAUUAGAGAAAGGCCUAACUAUGAUUAUUUUCUCUAUAGUUUUAGUCGUCGCGAUUUAAGUUUUGUAGUUUACUCCUUGUAUCAAUAUAAAGACGUCCUAAUUUCGUGAUUU